UCCAUAUUUGAUUAAGCACAUCAUAUUCGGUCGAUAAGUCGUUUGCUUUACAAAGUUUGGAUUUAUUCUUUGAACAAAUAUUAAAAAACAUUCAAAAUGUUGAACUUAUCGAGAGCAGUCGUUCGCAAUUUCGCUACUUCUGGAGUGCGACGUGCUACUCCCAGCACUAACAUUGAUAAAGGUUAUUUUGAAGUAAAAAAAAUUCAAGAUCAUUUCCAAAAGAAGGACGGCAAACCAGUAUUCUUGAAGGGUUCUGCAAUGGAUCAAGUUUUAUACCGCGUCACCAUGGGGCUUUGUCUUGUAGCAAUAGGCGGUAUGGGUAAAUUGUUCUAUGACCUCAGUAUGCCCAAAAAAGAAUAAAUUAUAUAAAAACCAAAAUUUCAAAGCUUAUUGUGCGCGGGGAGUACUACUGCCUGUAACUUUCCUGAGAUGUGUUUGUAGCUUUUAAUAUUUUGUUGUACUAUAAUUUAUCUUUAAAAUGUAUUUAAACAGAUUUAACAGUUUAUUAUAAGAGCAACAAGAAA